AUGACGGCGCGCGCGACGCGCGAGCGCGACGACGGCGCGCGGGCGACGACGGACGAGGGCGGCGCGCGGGCGACGACGGACGAGGAUCGCGCGCGGCUGACAAAGUAUUGGUUGCGACGACGGUGCUCGACGGGAUCGCACGCGAGCGAGGCGACGGAGGUGGGGAUGCUGACGGGAGGGGAGAGCAGCAACGAGAGCCAUCAGGCGACGGGACGGCGAGCGCGACGGGGGGGGUCGGCGUCGGCGUCGACGCCGCCGGGCGCGGGGCGACGCGCGGAGAGAGGAGGGAUCGAUACGCCGGGACACUUCGCGUUCGCGACGCCGAUGAGCGCGAGGGUGCGCGAGGAGGGGAUGACGACGCCGAGAACGCCGACGCUGGCGAACGAUAGUCCGGAUCGAGCGCGGUUGGAUGAGCUCUUGGCGGCGCCCGUGAAGCCGAAUUUCGGUACGCGGGCGGCGAUCGAGUGCACGCCGCGACACACGCCGUUGAAGCUGCGAUUUGAUGAUAACGUGGACGUCGUCGUGAGUGGAACGCACGCGACGAGUAAGAAGCGCGCGCGUGGGAAGUUGAGCGAUGUGUUCAAGGCGACCAAGUCGACGACGCCGAGGCUCACGCGCGCGCGAAAGGCGAUGUUGUGA